AUGCUCAAGACGGAUACCACUAUCAUUGGAGUCGGCAACCUUGGUGCCGCGAUGGUCAAAGUCUGGCUGAAAGCUGGACUCGCCGUCACCAUGUGGAACCGAAACCCUCAACGGCCAUCUCUCAACGAGCUCGUUGAGAAAGGUGCCGUUCUCGAGACAGACAUUCGAGCAGCUACUCACAAUAGCGGUGUGAUUGUCCUGUGCGUCUCAACCUACGACAACAUCAUGGAGCUCCUCCUACCCGCCCUCCCUCUGGGCGAAGUGGGACGGUCAGUUUCGGUCAUCAAUGUUACAACAGGAACUCCCAAGGAAGCACGCGAAAUGGAGUCAUUCCUCAAGAAGAACGGCAUCACUGCGUAUUUGGACGGUGCUAUCAUGGUGACGCCAGCUCUGAUGGGCACGGAACACUCUUCACUGUUCUUCAGCGGCGAAGACGACACUGAAUUCCAGAAGAUGUCUCGAUAUCUCGAGCCGCUGGGGCAAGCUCACUAUAUUUCCGAGGAUUCCGGAGCAGCAAGCUUGUGGGAUCUCGCUGCCCUGGCUGCCUGGUACGGAUCCUUCACUGGAGGUAUCGUUGCUCUGAACUUGCUCAAACGCCAGAAACCGGACAGGGGCAACGGGGAAGCCCCGACAACCAAGAAACCGAUGGACAAGAUUAUCUUGCCGCUGCUUUCGACCUUUUUGUCCCAUUUGUCGGAGGUUGCCCAAGCUCUGGACGACGAAGCAUGGGAAAAGAACUUCGGAAACCCGGCUUCGAUGCAGAUCAAGGGGCUCGAAACCAUUCUGAGAGGCGUUCGCGAGGAGAAGGUCAGCACUGAAGGACUCGAGCUGUUUCAUCGCAUGCUGAAUAGGUGCCUAGAGGAGGUUGGCGAUAAUGCUGGAUUGGCUAAGAAGGGAACGUAUCUGCAACAAUGA